AUGGAGGACUACGAAGCAGAUGAACAAGAAGCCAACGGAGGUAAAAAACAGCGACAACCACCACAGCCGCCGGAUACUGAUUGGUUCGAUGUGGAAGAUAACAGUCUCUAUGGCCUUUAUCAGCAACAGAACAAUCCCACGCCCAGCAAGGUUGCUUUCUUGGAAGGUGGUCAACAAGCUACGAGUACUCCGCCGCAGUUUAAUUGGGUACAGAAUGAUUUCCAGCACCUGGUCAGCACGCCUGCAGUGCAUUCAUUCCAACCAAUUUAUGAUCAGGCCACGGCCAAGAACAACGAGCAGCCGCAGCAACAACGACUUCCUGAAACGGGCGGCAAAUGGCAGCAGCUCAAGGGAAAAACACAUUCGUUUACCUUAGCAUCCCUGGAGCUUCUGAGCAAUUAUGGGAAGGGCUUCAAGAAUGCGGCCAGAGAAGAUCAAAACUGGAGCAACGACUCCCCAACAAAUAUUGAUCAGGAUAGCAGCCAGGGCCGGAGAUUAUCCCUGGGAGAGAUCAUCAGGGCGGCUGGAGCGAGGUACAUCCAAUUCUCCACCAAAAAUGUUGACGGCUUUUCGGGGCUUAUCCACCCAUACGCUUCUGCCAUCACGGACAUUUCAGUAGCAGAAACUGCAGACGUGGAACUCGUGCAGUUUCUUUUGAUUGCAGCCGAGUGCGUGGGUCACAAAAAGUUUGACCUCGCAAGCGGCUUGAUCACUCGCUGCCUGUGUAUCGCCUCCGAUUCAGGGAAUGCUGCCCAGAGAAUUGUAUUCCACUUUGCCGAAGCUUUGCAGCAUAGGAUUGAUAUGCAGACAGGAAAGAUCACUCCUGAGAGAAUCAUUGAACGGUUUGCCUAUGCAAGGAACCUUGAAUUGGAUUUCAAUCUUUCCUUCCUGGCAUGCCACCAGGCGAUCCCCUUCACCCAGGUCACACAAUUUGCUGCGAUGCAAGCAAUCAUUGACAACGUCAAAUCGGCAACCAAGAUCCACCUGGUUGAUCUGCACAUCAGGAGCGGAGUCCAAUGGACCGUGUUGAUGCAAGCUCUGGUUGAGCGGGAUGACCGUCCAGCACUCAGGAUAACGGCGGUGGGAACCAUGAACAAGCAGCGUAUGGAGGAAACGGGCAAGAGACUGAUCAGCUUUGCUCAGUCCCUGAAUUUAUCCCUUUCUUUCAAUGUAGUGAUGGUCUCCGACAUGGAAGAGUUGAAGGAAGACAUGCUCAGCAAAGCACCUGAUGAAGCCGUGGCUGUUUACUCUCCCCUAAUACUCAGAACCAUGAUCUCAAAACCUGAGAGCUUGAGAAAUGUAAUCAAAGUGAUCAGGAGGAUGAAGCCGGCGGUAGUGGUAGUCACCGAGGUAGAAGCCAACCACAAUUCACCGCUAUUCAUUAGCCGUUUCACCGAAUCCCUCUUCUUUUAUAGCGCAUUCUUUGAUUGCCUGGAGGACUGCAUGGAGCGGAAUAAUGAGCACCGGAAGACGAUUGAGGGAAUCUAUUUGGGUGAAGGGAUUAGAAACAUGGUUGGGAGCGAGGGCGACAAAAGAUGUACCCGAAAUGUGAUGAUUGAUGUUUGGAGAGAGUUCUUCACAAGAUACGGGAUGGUGGAGGUCGAACUCAGCCAUUCAUCUCUGCAACAAGCUAAUAUGAUUCUCAAGAAGUUCCAUAAGGCCAGCUCCUGCAAUCUUAUCAAUACUGGUAAAGGUAUAGUCAUUGGAUGGAAGGGAACUCCCAUCCAUUCUCUUACUACUUGGAAAUUCAUGUAA